UUUAAUUGAUCAAUUAUGAAAUCAUGAAAUGUUGAAAGUACUGCUUCAAAACUGGACCACUUACAGUGUGCAACUAAUCUGAAGUGUAUAAAUCAUACACUAAUCUGUACAUAAUAUAGUCCAUACUGAACAGAGGAAAGCUGAUAAUGGUAAAUAACACCUUGCUGGGAUUCAGGAACAUCUCUUUUCCUCGGAUGGUUUGACCAAAGGUCUGUCUGAACCUCAGGCAAAGAUUGUGCACAGUAUCGUCCUCCAUACUGUGUGUGUUGUUUUGAAGGCUGCUGUGCAGUUAAGCAUGAUACCAUCAACACGGCCCAGACUCAGACUGCAGCAGUUUUCACCCUGAGCGAGUUGUCCAUUGCUGAUGGGACUCUGAACUCCUGUGACAACAUGGCAGCCAGGUCAAAAACAGAUCAAGAGACAGUUUUUUUUUGAGAAAUAAUAUUGCAGAACAAUCUUUCCAAUAUGUUACUCUCUUCGUCAGCACAUGGUAUCCUGUUUCUCUGAAAAGCCUUAGCGUAAGAAAGACAAAUUAGUGAGGAAGAGACACAUUGACAUAGUUCAUAACCAAGAUACUAAGACCACAGGGAGGAAAUGGUCAAACAAAUAACUAUUGGCUGUUUUUAUUAAAAAACAAUAUUUUAGUUUAGUAUAAAAUAAGAGCAUACUCUGAUUGAAGAUAUUUAUGUGGCCAUAUGGUGUUGUUAUGUGGUUAAUAUUGUAAUAUAACUAACCAAAAAUUGUUGAGACCAAUUGAUUUACUGAUGAUAAACCUAGGCAAUUUCCAUGUGCAUAUAAAAGUCCAUGGUUAUGAAAGAAAUCUCUGGGAAUAGUUUAAUAUUUAUCUCACAACUAUCCUAUGGGCUACUGUAGUUCAUGUGACAUACUUUUUUGACUGUUGUAUCCAAGAAGAAAAAUUAUAAAAUAUGGCUACAGUCACAAUUUUCAUGAGAUAAUAUUUAUGCAUCAUGCCCCCCCUCCUCAUAAUAUGAUGAGCGAUGCACAUCAUUCAAAUGCACUGACAAUAAAGUAAAAGUGCUAUCUGUGACUGUAACAAGUCUGAAGUGAUUGGACGGCCGACCUGCCUGUCAAACUACCUGCGUUCCUACCUGCGUGCACUCUUCUCGUGCACUCAUUCCACAAACUGCCAGUUUGACAGCUUUUGGAUUGUAUUCAUCAGUGCACAUGAGUGUGUACAGGAUGCAGCAACUCAAGGCUCAUAUUUUGCCUGGAAAUAAGACCACAGCAAUGGCAGGUCCUGCUAGUCCUCUAACCACCCAUGUGCUGAACAUUGCAAUGGGUGUCCCUGGCUCGAACAUGGCCAUCAAUCUCUAUCGACAAGACCCCUCCACUAAUACCUGGAGUUUGAUCACCACUGGGACAACUAAUGCUGAUGGACGGUGCCCAGGACUCAUAACAAAAGAAACGUUUACUUCUGGUGUGUAUAGAUUGCGUUUUGAGACUGCUCAGUACUGGGAGAGUAUGGGAGAGACCUGCUUUUACCCGUAUGUUGAGAUUGCCUUCACUAUAAAUGACCCAGGACAAAAGUACCAUGUCCCUCUGCUCCUGAGUCGUUUCUCUUACAGUACAUACAGAGGGAGCUAGAGAUGAAGUGUGAUCGUCCUCCUGAGGCUUCCUCCACCUAUCCCCUGUCUAACACAUCACAGGCAGAGACAACUCCACCAAGAACAUUCAUCCCAGUACCAACUGAACUGUCAGACCUAUUGACACAAUGCUCCAUUUGGAUAAUCCUUCCACUUGAAUAAUAAUAUUUUAAACAAUAUAACUAAGCUAAAUAAGCAUAUUACUCAUAUACUUAUUAGACUACUAUAAUAUUUAACACCUAUUUCAAACUGUUAUCAAAAAAUACAAUAUCUUAAUUAACCUAUCAAACAGGUUUUCAUGUCAAAUGUAUUUUUCUUUUAUAACAAUUAAUGUAAAUCCAACUGCUCGUCUUUUUUUCACAACACCAGCACUGUGUCUGUAUUUUAUACAAAAUGAAACUGAAUACAAUUCUAAUUGUGUAUACAUACCAUUAAAUAAAGUCUAUUUCUGUACAUGUA